CAGCAACCAGCUGAUCUGCUGCCUCUGUGCGCGUGGAGCCUCUGUAUGUGCGCGCGCUCUGACGGGCUGGUGUGGGCUGGUCCGUCCGUGUUUUCCGGAAGAGAGGGUGUGAAACAUGGGACACAUCUGAGGUCAGCAGCUGAUCCCGCUGCCUGCCACACAGAAAGCGUGUCUGUGUUGAUGUCUUUCAGUGACUGUGGGACCAGAAUCUGCGGUGAUCGGAAUCUAACAGGCUCCGUGCGUCCGAACGGGACGCCUCGGGAUCACAGGGACGCUUAGAGGGGCUCAAACACACCCGGGCUGUCAUUUGGCUCUGGUGGGACCCUGACCGAGGUGGCUCCAGGCUGGCCGGGGUCACGUUGAUGCUGCUGGGCGCUGUCCAGUAUUCUCCCCACCACCUGCUCCUGCUCCUCCCAGUUCCACACCGGCCAUGGCUAUGAGCGGAGACCCCGUCUGUGAGAGGCUGGCCCCGGACUCGGAUGCACAGACCAGCAGUCUCACAGACAACCUGGCGGCCAUGACGACCAAAGACUCAGAUGGCUCAGCUGCAAACGGCAUGAAGAAUGGUGGGGGUCAGAGAGAGGCAAUUCAGGGCAGGAGGACUCAUUCGCUGCGGCCUCACAUGGCUGGGAGGAAGCUGUCUCUUCAGGAAAAGGGCACCUACAUGUCGGGCUCUGGAGGAGGGUACACUCACAUCUCUCCUCGUGUGGCUCGACGGCCCACUGUGGAAUCCAAACGAGUCUCUAUUUCAGACUCUCAGGAUUGUAUCCAGUUGAACCAGUAUAAGCUGAAGAGUGAGAUUGGAAAGGGCUCCUAUGGUGUGGUCAAACUUGCCUACAACGAAGAUGAUGACAAACAUUAUGCCAUGAAGGUGGUGUCCAAGAAGAAGUUAAUGAAGCAGUGUGGUUUUCCACGUCGUCCACCUCCAAGAGGACCCAAAGCAGUGCAAGGAGAGCAGCCAAAGAUUCUCGGACCCCUGGAGAGGGUCUACCAAGAGAUCGCCAUCCUUAAAAAACUGGACCACAUCAACAUAGUCAAGCUGGUGGAGGUGCUGGAUGAUCCUGCAGAGGACAACCUUCACAUGGUUUUUGAGCUGAUGCGUAAAGGUCCAGUGAUGGAGGUGCCCACAGACAGCCCUCUGUCAGAGGAGCAGGCCAGGCUUUACUUCAGAGACGUCAUCCUGGGGAUAGAGUACUUGCACUACCAGAAGAUCGUCCACCGGGACAUCAAGCCAUCUAACUUGUUGCUGGGGGAUGACGGUCAUGUGAAGAUAGCAGACUUCGGAGUCAGCAACCAGUUUGAGGGAAAUGAUGCUCUGCUUUCCGGCACCGCUGGAACUCCUGCUUUUAUGGCUCCAGAGACACUUUCUGACACACGCAAGAGCUUUAGUGGAAAAGCGCUGGACGUGUGGGCCAUGGGAGUUACUCUGUACUGCUUCGUCUUUGGGAAGUGCCCGUUUAUUGACGACUACAUACUGGCUUUGCACAAUAAGAUAAGGACCAAGCUUGUGGAGUUCCCAGAAAUGCCAGAGAUCAGUGAAGAGCUGCGAACUCUGAUCUUACGGAUGCUUGACAAGAACCCAGACAGCAGAAUCACCAUCCCAGAGAUCAAGAUGGACCAGUGGGUUACCCAGGGAGGCACUGACCCCCUACCUCUGGAGGAGGAGCACUGCUCUGUGGUGGAGGUGACAGAGGAGGACAUCCAGAACUCUGUCAAGUUUGUCCCCAGUCUCUCUGCAGUGAUCCUGGUCCGAGCCAUGCUGAGGAAGCGCUCCUUCAGUAACCCCUUUGAGUGUCCGAGCCGGAGAGAGGAGAGGUCCAUGUCUGCUCCUAGCAGUCUGCUGAUGGAUGCGUGGCCUCUCCGGCCCUCAUUAAAACUCCACCCCUCGCUAAGAAAGAGCAGCACAGGAGAUGGGCCGCGAGAGGGCGAGCUGGAGGACCUGCAUGAAGACGAGCCCUCCUCGUGAGCUUUUCCUUCAACUUCAUCCACAUUUCAUCCCUUUGCUUGGACCACUGUGUGCUUACCCCUUCAUCCAAAGCGACACACUACAGGCAGAUCACUCUAUACGCCGACGACUCUUGCGUAUUUUCAUCUGAUUUAAUGCUCAUGUUUACAUUCAGAGUGAGCUACGGCUUGCUUUGGUUUCAGCUUCUUGUCCGCCUCAAAUUAUGAAGCCUCCCUCUUUUUUCUCUUCCAAAUGGCAAGUCUCAUGGCACUAAUCUUUCUCGUCUUAACUCGUCAAUCCACUGACUGUUGUGUCUGGCAUCAGUGAACCAAAAAGAAAGGGAACUCUCCGCUGAAUUUCUGGAUCAUUAACGGCUGACAUUAGGAUUGUGUGGCAAAAGAAAGGAACUUAUUUGUCAGCAUUACACUUAAAAUGUGAGGAAGACUGUCAAAAUAAGACUUUGUUAAGGCUUUUAUGCCUUUAUUUUAAGUAGGACAGUGGACAGAGUUUGAAAAUGGAGAAUGACAUGACGGAAAGGAAACGUAUUUGAACCCGGGCUGCCUGCUUUAAGGACGUCAGCCUAUAUGGGUGCACUUGCAUGACCACAAGGCUACAAGCACCCCAAACCAUGACUUUUUGUAACCCAUCUGCAUGAUGAAAAGUAAAAGCUUCAUCAUCAGACAGCCCGUCAAAGGGAGAAAGAAACACUUCAAACUUUUGCAUGUAAAAAUGUCUCUACAGAGGACUGCUAGGCUUUCUUUUCCCAAUCAGUGAUAUUUAUAAUGUACAUAGAUGUCUUGCUACUGUCUCACAGCCCGGUCCUUGUAUUUGCACCAUCAGAUGUUUUUAUUUAUAAGCCGUGUGAUAGAGAUUGAAGUCUUUCCUGUGUUCCCUUCAGCCUGAAGCCUCUGACAGCUAAGGGAGGACGUCAUCUGUCGGAGGGCGAUUGCACAGAAAGGAUGUCAACUUUUCUCCUCAAACAUUUUUGUUUAAGGAGUCAUUUUACGCCUCUUCUCCUUCUCUGUUAUGUGUCCGAUUCCUGUUAUCUAACGUUGUCUCCUUCCUUUAAUGUCAGACUGUAUCAUUUGAUUUGAUGUGAAGUAAUUGUGACAGAAACGGGGAUGUUUGAAUGUGAGUAUGUUCCUUAUGAGAUGCAAAAAAUGACUGUAAUUUCCUCCUAAUGCCUGUACUUCACAGAAGUCCUCUUCCAAACUCAGAUUAUAUAAUGUUCUUUGAUGUAGGGCUUAUCUGAAGGCGUGAAAAAUCUUGUGGUCCAAGUUAAACAUCAGUGAAAACUCUUAACAGAACAAAUUAAAUCUUCUGGCUUAAAGCUUCUCCCGACAAGGGGCUGCACACAAAUUAUCAUGGGAGAAAACGAGGUCAGAAAAUGUUCAGAAAAGGAGGGAAUGUUAUCACAAAAGGUGUGAUUAGGUGUAAGUUUCUUCAAUUUUUUCUGUAAUUUUGUCAUUAAGCCUAAAGACAACCAUAAAAAAACCUAAAAGAGAAAUGGAUAUAAAUUCCUCAAAAAUUUAAGAAAAUUUCCCCAAAUUUAUAAAUGCAUUCACCCAAAUUCCAUAUAAAUUAUUCAAAAUUCCCUUGAACAAAUUCCUGAAAAUUUUUCAUUAAAUUCUUGGAAAUUUUCAGCCUUCAAUACUCCCCACAUAUGCAAAGAUUUACAAAUAAAUUCCACACAUUUCCAUGAAUAAUCCCUACAUUUCCAUGAAAAUUUGCGAUACUUUUUAAAUGCAUAAAAAGUCUUUGCAUCCAAAAAUGCCAGAAGAAUUUAAGCCAGUUAAAACUCCAAAAUAUAUACAUCCACCCCAAAACAUACAUGCAAAUUUCCUAGCCAAUUCCCAAAAACCAAUUAUGUUAUUGAUUGAUGGCAUUAUUGAUUGACUAAUUCUAGAUUAAGAGCUGGAGAAACUAAUAAAUCAGCAGUGAGAUUAAAGGAAUUAUUGGUGAAUCAAAAAGGAUUAUUUGAUAUGUUUCAAUCGUGGACCUUGUUAGGUCGUGGACUCACUUAAAAGCGAAGACUGUGGUUUGUUUUGUCUCCUCCGAUCAAUCGAUGGGAACAUUUCAGCCUCCACAGCAACUCUCUGUGCCUCACAUUAAUGUUAUGUAACUCCAUUUUGAUUCUACCCUCCUCCUGUGUUUGGCUGCCAGAGUGCUGCGAUCACUUGAACUGCAGUGAAAAGGAGCAUUUCAAUGUCAUGAUUAGGCCCGAGCUGCCAACAACAACACUUCUCCAUCCACUUCAGAGCCUCCACAGUGUGGCUGAUUAGAAACAGAGAGCACUGCUUUGCGUUUCCUCGAUUAGCGUUGCCUGCGGUAUCCUCCAGUGAAGGAUGGAGAGUUAAGUGUGGGGAGCACACAGGGGUCUGAUGAGAGAUGUUGUUAUGAGUCUCUUUGUUUACAGAGUCAUGUUCACUAAGGCUUAUGCAUUAAAACUGUGAAUGAUGUUCAUAUAAGAAUGUCAACUUUAUAACCCUGUGGCUAAUGGGAAUGUAAAUCUGUAUAUCUUUUAAUUGUAUUGUUCAAAAAAACUAUUAGUAGAGGAUGAAUGCCUGUAUUAAAGCAGGAGUGUCCAAACUGUGAUAAGUGGGUCCAAUGUGGUCCAUUCAGUUAGCCUGCAGCAAAUUCUAAAUGUAAGAUGAAAUAUGGUCCACAUUAGCUUGUGCUUGACUGAUUUGUACUCCGUUGAGUGGUUUCUCACUAGGGAUCCAGGCCCAGAUCUGUAAAAGUCCAGAUCAUUGGAUCAGUGUGAAUGCAGCCAUACCAUAUGCCUGAGUCAGGCAUAAUUCAUGUGAACUCAGACAUGAUAUACUGAAGACAACACUUGUCAGAUCUAUAUAGUUUUGACCCCUUUUAUCUUCUGAGGUGCAUGGUUGAUGUGGAGGUAGGAGGAAGGUAGUGGCUGACAUCCUGAAAUUACAAAAAUCUCAGCAGCCUGCAGGAUGCAUGGACUGCAUAGAGCAUAAAAAAAUGUUGAAAUGAGAGUUUUCCUUGGCUGCCUCUUCUUAUUUCUUCUUCUUGGAGGUUUUGCAAAAUGCCUAAGUGCAUACCAACACCUUACCAUGUCAGACUGUGAAAGUUUUUGACAACCAAAGUAAUGACGAUAUCUAGAUUCAUAACACCUGGCGGAUUAUGAGAAAAGAAGCAAACAGCAGUGUGAAUUGCACUUCUAUGUGCCUCUAUCUGCUCCAACUGAAGGAUGGAUUUUCAGAUAUCAACACUCAUAUAAAGUUCUGCAGCUUCCUGCAGUUUGCUUUGUUUUCUGGUCUGAAUUUUGAAAUGAGCUGUCAGUGUCUCUCCUCUCUGCUGCUCGCAGUAACUUUUUUCCUCUUAACUAAGGCCAACCACUGUAAUCUGAUAGGCCACUUCUAAAUCCUUAACCCUGAUUGGCUACAUGCUUCCCCAUCCCUAAAUGAUGUCAUCUGAUUAAAGAUAUGGUAUGUAGCAUUUUGGCUCUGAAAUAUCUAUAUUAACUCAAUUAGGGACCAUUCUUAUGUUAUAUACAUAUUUUUUCAGCUGAAGUCUUAUAUUUUCUCAAAGAUUUUCCCAAAUUUCAAAUACAGGGAAAUUCCUAAUCUUUACAACUGUGACCAGACUCAUCUUUUUGUGGAGGCUGCCAUAGGUUGUUUUUAUUUCAGUCAACCCAAAAUCACCUCUAAAACAUGGAACCCCUCAUACGCCACAUUUCCUGUGACUUAAGACCAGCACUGCUCAGCACUGCCCAACUUUACAACCUCCUUCUCAAUACCCAUUCUUGGUUUGAAAUUAAGGCCCUGUUCAAUAUAAACAGCACCUCAUAAGGCAUAUUAACUAAACAGAAAACCUAUGAUUUCUUUUCAUUCAUAAAUUUCCCUUUAUGAGGGAGAAAUGUUCUUAAAAGUGCUCUUCUAGGUUCGCACUGGUUGCAAAUCCAGAGUACAUAUGCAUCCUGGGACCACUUCCAGCACCUUUCAAUGCAUUUCUCCCUCAUUAUGAGAUAUUUAUGAAUGAAAAAAAAACUUUGGUUUGCUGAUUUGUAAAUUUGCCUUAUGAGGUACCGUUUUUUAACAAGGGGUCUGUCUGCAGACCGCAGACCUCAGGUGCCCCCUCUUUCAGACUUCUACUGUGAAACGUCACCUCUAUCAGAACAGAAGGGAUGUAAUUUGUGGGUACAAUGUUUCUGAUAUUUUUUUUUUCUAAGUUCAUCUUUAUUCGCAAAGUCUGAAAAUGAAUUCACCAAAACGCAGAGUAAGCAACUUAUCACUGGUGUUGGGCCAAAACCUUGUAGCUCCAUUUUUCAUUAUUUUGUUUUAAUAAUUUCAUAAAUCAUUGCUACUGGUCACCCUUUACAUCUGUCAGCAGGUUUAAACAAAUAUGAAAGCAAUAGAACUGUAUAGACCCAUUUUAGAAGUAGUUAUACAAAUGGAGACUUGUUUUAGCUUGUAAGCCUUUGCUUAAGCCAGCAUAGCUUGACUAGCUGCAUAGUUACCAUAACUCUUCAGCCAGUGUAGCUAAGUUAGCUCUAGUUUAAGCUAAUGUAGGUCAUGCAAGACACUGCUCACAUAACUACUUCUGAAAAGGGUCUAGCUUUUGCAAAUUAAGCAUAAGCUAAUGUCACUUAACAAGCUGCAUUUGCUUCAGCUUUAGUUAAAAAAAGUUAUUUAGCUAUAAUACCCAAGUAGUUUGCAUAGCUAUUGUAGCUUUGUUUUGCUAAAGCUUAAGCUACAUUAAUUAUGUAGCUGCAUUACUGUAGUAGUUUCUGUGGCUAACAUAGCUUUGUUUGCUAUAGCUUAAGCUGUAUUCAUUGUGCAGUCAUAUUAGCUGAGUAGUUUAUGUGGCUAACAUAGCUUUGUUUUCUAUAGCUUAAGCUUCAUUCAUUAUGUAGCUACAUAACCUAAGUAGUUUAUACGGCUAUUGUAGUUUUGUUUGCUUUAGCAUUAGCUAUGUAUCCUACAUGACUUGAUUAGCUUGUGAUUUUGCUAUUUUAUCUACAUAACUUCAUUAUCUACAUAGCAAAUGUUGCUUCUUAAGCUUUAGCAUUGGCUAAGUUAGCUGUGUUAAAAUGUUUCAUCAUUUCUUGUAGACUGUUUACUCUGCUUUGAUAAACAUUUUCUAAUUAGGUUUAGCAGGUCAGGUUUUUGACUUUUAACUUCUGGUAUUCUUAUUCUUACCUUAAUCCUUAUUCUCAACCUUAACAGAAGUUUAAUCUGAUUUAAUUUUUUUUAAGUUUUAGCGAGUAUUUUUUAAUGUGACAGAUGCAGGUAUCUCACUGUAGUGGUCUGCAAAGACGGCACUCUGAGAUCUGUGGUGUCCAACCAGACUGUCUUGGAUUUUUAUGGAACAGUGUCCUCAGUUCAAACAAAAAGAAGUAAACAGAUAUCUGAGCAGCACUGGUCUGUACUCGUCAUACUGUGUUAUUGAUUUGGUUAAGAGCCUGCUGGUGGGUAAAUUUUGUGUACUGUGCAUUUAACUUAGACUGGAUUUUUGAAAAAUUCUUUAGGACACAGAAGGAAGGGUCGACAAGUUACCAGCCAGGCUUGAGGCUAUUUGGCAUUUGGCCAAUUAUCUGUAUCAGUGUUUUAUUUUACCGUUAGCAUAUUAAUCAAAAAGUGGCUCAACUGUGAGGUGUAUCUCCCUCUCUGGCCAUGAUUUCAUUCUCCAAGGUCUCACCUAACGUCCAAUCCACAACACUAUCUGACUGGCUAGGCAUCUCACAAGCACUAAGGUGGAUGCAUGCUGACACAGGAAGCAAUAUGGCAUCACUUCCUGUUCAGUGGAGCUAGUACUAAAUGAUUUAUUUUCCUUCAUUUCUGAUCAUGUAGUUUUAUUUUAAUCACACUAAUCAUAUUUGUAAUCAUAAACGUAUAUCAGUUGUAAAAUCAGUCUCAUGAAUCUCCAAUAAUCCGUUUGGUAUCAGCCCUGGAAAUCCAAAAUCAGUCAACCCUUACACUAAAGAUGAGAUAUGUUAAAGUGGCUCAGUCAUCCUCAUGUUUCUGUGUGAGACCCUCAGUGAGAAAUGUUUGGACACUCCUGUCUUGGACUGAAAUGUUGUAUCUGUAAAACUGAGGGUUUGGUUGUCUGUGUCUGUUUUUUCUUCUCUCUGCAGAGACCGAUGUGUCGGAAAGCAUUAAUGUACAGGGUAACCUUCAGUGAAGGGCUGUUUAACCAAAAACUUUGAAAUGAUAUGUGGUAUUUUAUUAACUUAAAGCUAUUUAACUCUGUAAAUGGUUCUUUCAGUGUUUCCUGCUUUACAUUUGCAUUUUUGUACAGACAUCUUUGUUGUGCAAGGCUCAUCCUUUUAUGUUUAAGCUUCUUUGUUGAAAAAAAAAUGCUUCUACUGAAAUAUUUGCACUUUUCCACUUACAGAUCGAUAUUAAAGUUGUGAUUUCAUCAAACACUUCUGGUACCUGCCAGCCGUUCACCCUGUACAGUUUGUGAUCAAGGACAGAACUGAGUGAUUCACCUGUAAAAGACAUAUUUACUGUGAGCUCCUGCCGUCUGUCUCUACAGUCUCUUUGAAGGCAUUCCUCUUUGAUAUCAACCUGCAUGUCACAGCACUGCUUCUGGGCUCCUGAACUUUUACCAAAUGAAACUCAAGGAUGUUUCAAACUUCCUCCUCUGUCUGUGUGAAAAUACUGUAACCGCUGUAGGAGGACUCUGAGGAGUUGUCUUUGUCGUGAUGCUAUAAAAAAAGCAGAAUUUUUAUGUUAUGUAAUCAAGGGAAUAGACUUCUGGAAGUCACUGCAGGGAUAAUGCAGAAUGGUAAAAACUGUGUUGGAUAGGCUGGGUGUGUAUAAGAGCAGGUCCUGAGUAACAGUGAUAGAUGACCCCAGCUGCUCUACAACAUAAAACAUUGCAGGAAUUUGUCUUCAUGCUGUGACACCACCUCUUCCAGGGCUGCAUGAAUCCAUCUAAGCUGAAUAGUGACGACAGCUCUGUCCACCCUUAUUACAUAUUGGGAGUAUUUUCAAUAACAUAAGCACUCUUUUAGAUGGGUUUACUAAACAAUUACAGAUUCAUGGAUGAAUCUCAGGAGAAAUUGCCCAAUCCCAGACUGAUUUAUAAGUAGAUUGGGAGCUGUUAAAAAAUGCCACUUUUAACAGCUUUUCUCCACAAGCUUUGUAGUAACUGACAGAUGAGCGUCGCCCCUCCGUAUACCGCUUACUUCCUUUUUAAAUUUGAGGAAUACAAAAUGUUACAAAACAGAAACUAGCUGGUGUCGAGCACCCCGAGACCCUUCUUAAAAGGUGUUGUCACUUUUAAACAGCUUUUCCCCUUGAUAUGUGGAAUUUAUGCAACCCUAAUUCCAAGAAAGUUGGGCCACUGUGUAAAAUGUCAAUAAUAACAGCAUGCUUUAUAACCCCUAUAUUUUAAUGAUAACAGAAGCUUAUUUUGUAUUUGAUGGCAGCAACACAUCUCAAAAAAGUAGGGACAGAGCAACAGAAGGCUGGAAAAGUGGUACUGAUGGAGAACAUCCUAAGGAGCAUUUUGCAGUUAAUUAGGUUAAUUGAUAUCAUGACUGGAUGUAAAAGUACUGUUUAAAGGCCGACUCGAAUGGGGAAUUACAUGGGGAACUAAAAAACCACUCAGAGAGCGCAGACCUCCACCAUUAGCCCUAUCUCCCAAUAGUAAAGAAUCCUUUAAAAAAUUCCUGGAUCCAGACAGUGAUCCAGAUCACUCCAAAAAUCUAAUCAG